AUGGCCGCCGCCGCUGCGUCCGCAGCUGCGCUCGAUCCGGGCAACAGCUCCAAGAACACCCUCAAGCUUGAAAACACCGAGAAAAGAGAUGCCCUUAUCGCCAUCGAGAAGAAGUACCAGGCGCAAUGGAAGGAAAACAAGGUCUUUGAAGUCGACGCCCCCUCUCUGUCCGAGGUUCCUGCCGGCAGCAUGACCGCCGACGAGCUCCGUGAGAAGUACCCCAAGUUCUUCGGCACCAUGGCCUACCCAUACAUGAACGGUACCCUGCACGCCGGACACAGUUUCACCGCCAGUAAAGUCGAGUUCAUGGCCGCCACCGCCCGUAUGGAGGGAAAGAGGGCUCUGUUCCCCCUUGGUUUCCACUGCACCGGUAUGCCCAUCAAGGCCUGUGCUGAUAAGCUUGCCGAUGAGGUUAAGAAGUUUGGACAGAACUUUGAAGGCUACAAGGAUGAGGAUGAGGAAACCUCCGCCGUCGCUGCCCCUACCCAGGAGGUUAAGGGCGAGCAGCAGGAGAAGUUCUCCGGAAAGAAGAGCAAGGCCGCCGCCAAGACCGUGAAGAUGAAGUACCAAUUCCAGAUCAUGCUUGCUAUUGGCAUUCCCAUCGAGGAGAUCCACAAGUUUGCGGAUGCCAACUACUGGCUCGAACACUUCCCUCCCCUUGCCAUCCGUGACCUUGACAGCCUCGGUGCGGGUAUCGACUGGCGCCGACAGAUGGUCACCACUGAUGCCAACCCUUACUACGACGCCUUUGUGCGCUGGCAGAUGAACCGUCUGUACGAACUCGGCAAGAUUCAGUACGGUAACCGAUACACCAUUUACUCUCCCAAGGACGGCCAGCCUUGCAUGGACCACGACCGAACCGAGGGUGAGGGUGUUGGACCCCAGGAAUACACCGCUAUGAAGCUGAAGGUCAAGGAGUGGGCACCCCAAAUUGCAGAGCUCGUCAAGGGCAAGAUCGAGGAUGACGCCAAUGUGUACUUCAUCCCCGCUACCCUGCGUCCUGAGACCAUGUACGGUCAGAACUGCUGCUUCCUCGGCCCCAAGAUUGAGUACGGUAUCUUCAGGGUCAAGGAGAAGGAGUACUAUAUCUGCACCAAGCGCGGUGCUUGGAACAUGGCUUUCCAGGGCACCUUCUUUGACGAGAAGAACUUCCCCAAGACCCAGGACCAGCUGCCCACCGUUCUGACGGCUCCGGGUUCCGCAUUCGUUGGUACCCUCAUCAACGCGCCCCUGUCAUUCCACAAGGAGGGUGUGCGCAUUCUUCCCAUGGAGGGCGUUUCUGCUACCAAGGGUACUGGUGUCGUCACUUGCGUGCCAUCGGAUUCCCCCGACGACUACGCCACUCUGCUUGACCUCGCCAAGAAGCCUGAGUACUACGGCAUCCAGAAGGAAUGGGCCGAAUUAGAGAUCUUCCCUCUCAUUGAGACGCCCACUUACGGUAAUCUCACCGCGCCCGCGCUUGUGAAGCAGCUCAAGAUCAACUCCCCUAAGGAUGUCAACCAGCUCGCCCAGGCCAAGGAACUGGCCUAUGGUGAAGCCUUCUACAAGGGCACUAUGAUUGUUGGAGAGUUCAAGGGUGAGCCAGUCAGCGCUGCCAAGGACAAGAUUCGCAAGUCUCUCUACGACAGCGGCGAUGCUUUCGCCUUCGCCGACCCCAUGGGUAAGGUUGUCAGCCGAAGUGGAGACGACUGUGUCGUUGCCUACCUUGGACAAUGGUUCUUGAACUACGGUGAGAACGAUAAGGAGUGGCAGGAGACCACCCUCAACCACGUCGUGAACACCCUCAACACAUAUUCUAGCGAGACGAGGAACGGUUUCGAGAAGAACCUCGACUGGCUGAACCGCUGGGCGUGCGCCAGAACGUACGGUCUCGGCUCGAAGCUCCCCUGGGACCAGAAGUUCCUUGUCGAGAGUCUGAGUGACAGUACGAUCUACAUGGCCUACUACACCAUUGCACACCUCUUGCACGGCGACCGCUACGGUAAGACGGUUGGUAAACUCAACAUCAAGGCAGAGCAGAUGAUCGACGAGGUUUGGGAUUACAUUUUCUGCAGGCGCGAGAUCAGCGAUGAGCUCGUGUCGAAGAGCGGACUUGGCAAGGACGACCUUCAGGCUAUGCGAAGAGAGUUCGAAUACUGGUACCCCAUGGACGUCCGAGUGUCCGGAAAGGAUCUCAUCCAGAACCACUUGACUUUCUUCCUUUACAUCCACGUUGCUCUCUUCCCCCCACAAUACUGGCCUCGCGGUGUUCGCGCCAACGGACACUUGCUUCUGAACGGUGACAAGAUGAGCAAGAGUACCGGAAACUUCCUGACUCUGAAGGACUCUGUUGACAAGUUCGGUGCUGAUGCUACUCGCAUUGCCUUUGCUGACGCUGGUGAUGGAAUUGAGGACGCCAACUUCGAGGAGAGCGUUGCCAACAGCAACAUCCUGCGUCUCUUCACCCUCAAGGAGUGGAUCGAGGAGGUUGUCAAGGAUGAGAGCCUUCGAACCGGACCUGCAGACCACUUCUGGGACAAGGUCUUCGACAACGAGCUCAAUACUCUUGUUCGCGAGGGCAAGAAGAACUACCAAGAUACCAACUUCAAGCUUGCCCUGAAGUCCAGUCUGUACGACUUGGUCGGUGCCCGUGACGCCUACCGUGAGGCUGCCACCUCCGCCGGCAUUGGAAUGCACCGCGAUGUGGUCCUGCGCUACGUUGAGCUCCAGGCACUGAUGAUGUCGCCCAUCGCGCCUCACUGGUCCGAGUACAUCUGGCUCGAAAUCCUGAACAAGCCUGACACCAUCCACCGCGCUCUGUUCCCCGAGGUCGCGGAGCCUUCAGCCGAGCUCUCAGCAGCCAACAACUACGUCCGCGCGACCUCCUCCAGCAUUCUGUCCGCGGAAGCCACCUUCGUCAAGAAGCUCGCCAAGGGCAAGGCCCAGAGCUUCGACCCCCGCAAGCCCAAGAAGAUCACCAUCUUCGCCGCGAAGAAGUUCCCCUCAUGGCAGGAGAAGUACAUUGACCUCGUCCGCGAGGCCUUUGACGCCGUCUCCCUGUCCAUCAACGACAAGGAGCUGAACGCCAAGGUCGGCAAGCUCGGUGAGAUGAAGAAGGCCAUGCCCUUCGUCCAGGGUCUCAAGAAGCGCCUCAUUGGCACCAAGGAGGCCCCCGAGAUCGUGUUCGAGCGCAAGCUGCCCUUCGAUGAGUUCGCUGUUCUCAAGGAGAUGUCAGUGAACCUGAAGAAGACGACGGGUGCCAAGGAGAUUGAGGUCGUUGCUGUUGACGAGGGCGGCAAGACCGGUGAGAUCCUGGGCUCCGGUGAGAAGAGGGAAGGUCUCCAGGCUGAGAAUGCUGUUCCUGGCCAGCCGACAUUCAGCUUUGUCAACGUUGAGUAA